AUGGUAUUGUUGCAAACUAUGACGUCGGAAGAAUAUAAAAAAAAUCAUACGAGUUUCAAAAUAAUUUACGGCUUUCACCCAUCACCCUUUGGAAAUUGUUUACUCGCUGUAACAAAUACAGAUCAAGCUGUAGCAUAUUUAGCAUUUGUGGAUGGAAACAAUGAAGAAGCAUUGAUGGACUUAAAGAAUAGUUGGCCUCUGUCUGAAUUGGUAGAUGAUACUGCCAAUGAAACACAGAAAAUUAUGCGCAAAAUUUGUUCUCCUUGUGCGUUUGUUGAUGACUUUCUGACACUUCUUCUGAUGGGUACAGAAUUUCAAAUAAAAGUUUGGGAAUCCUUAUUACGCAUUCCAAAAGCUAGUACAAUGACUUAUGAGCAAGUUGCACUGAGUAUAAACAAACCAAAAGCUGUACGUGCUGUUGGGAAUGCAGUAAUGAAAAACAAGAUUGCAUAUUUGAUACCCUGUCAUAGAGUGGUAGGAAAAUCUGGCAGUAAUAAAUAUAAGUGGGGAACAAAACGUAAAGAAAGUAUCAUGACGUACGAAUGUGAAUCUCCUUGA